AUGGCGUCGGCGUGGGUCUGUUCUCAGGCGCUGGGACUCAAACUGAAGCCGCUCCAUGGGUGCUCUGUGGCGGGGGACAUUCUGAAGCACUGGGACGGAGAUGUGGCUUCUUCGUUGUUGUCUGAUUUCUACGUUGUGUGUAAUGGCCGAGUUUUGGAACAAGACCAGAGUCUGGACCAUGGACUGGUCUAUCGCCUGGAACCACGGCUGCGAGGAGGCAAAGGAGGGUUCGGGUCGAUGCUGCGAGCGCUGGGAGCUCAGAUCGAGAAGACCACCAACAGAGAGGCGUGUCGCGACCUGAGCGGGAGGAGACUGCGGGACGUGAACCACGAGAAGGAAAUGGCCGAGUGGCUGAAGAAGCAGUCUGAGCGAGAGGCGGAGAAAGAGCAGCGACGACUCGAGAAAAUCCAGAACAAACUGAAGGAACCGAAGCAUCAGUUCAGCGACGCCAAGUUCACCCAGCAGUGCCACGAGCUGUCGGAGCGCCUGGAGGACUCUGUGAUCAAAGGUCUCCAGGCGUCCUGCAGCUCUGGGGUCAGAGGUCAGACCUCCAAACGUCACAGAGACCAGAGCCAAGAGGAACCAGAGAAGAAGAAGAGCGCCCCCUAUGGCUGGACUGGACUGGACCUGAGCGAUGAAGACUCUGAUCCAGACCAGAGUUCGGACUCUGAUGAAGACCGGCCCACAGCCUCCGGUUCAGGACCAGUCCUAGAGGCCAGACCUAAGGCCAGUCCAGGACCCGUCCCAGAGGCCAGUCCAGGACCCGUCCCAGAGGCCAGUCCAGGACCCGUCCCAGAGGCCAGUCCAGGACCCGUCCCAGAGGCCAGUCCAGGACCCGUCCCAGAGGCCAGACCUGAGGCCAGUCCAGGACCAGUCCCAGAGGCCAGUCCAGGACCAGUCCCAGAGGCCAGACUUGAGGCCAGUCCAGGACCAGUCCCAGAGGCCAGACCCGAGGCUAGUUCAGUCCCAGAGUCCAGACCUGAUAUGAUCCAGAAGAAAGGAGAGUCCAGCACUGAUCUCAAGGAAAACCAGGAGAAAGAGCAGAACCAAACCCAGACUCCAGAACAGCGCCCCCUGCUGGACCUGGACUCGGUCUCCUGUGCUGAGGACCUGGAGGUUCUGGGUCUGAAGGUUCUGAAGGAGGAGCUGCAGAGACGAGGCCUCAAGUGUGGAGGAACACUGUCUCAGAGAGCCGCUCGCCUUUUCUCUGUGAAGACCCAGACCUGA